GUUCGUUAUAAAUAUUUAUAAUUCUUAUUAGUUACGUUAUUAUUUCGUACAUAAUAUUUAAUAUUUUUUCCUCUAAUAUCUAAAUUAAAUAAUACGAAUUAAAAUCCAAACAGUAAACGUCUCAUCCCGAUUUCCGAAACGAUUUCUCUCCUUUAACAAUUUUGUCCUAAAAUUGCAUAGUUUGUAUCGUGUUUACAAACAAUUGAUUCAUAAUGGAAGAUCAGCCACUAAACCACCAAAAACAUGAAGAUAUCACUCAGAACAACGGGGAUCAUGAUACUAACCCGAAUCAAACAGAACUACCACCCACAAAUGUUGCUGACACAGGUGCUGCACCAACUCAAAAUAGUAAUGCAUCAAAACCUACAAAGAAACCCAAAAAACGAAAACCUAAAGUUCCUCGUGACGAUACUGCUCCGCGACAGCCUCUCACAGGAUAUGUCAGAUUUUUAAAUGAACGUCGUGACCAACUAAGAGCUGAGCAACCUGAGUUAGGAUUUGCUGAAUUGACUAGACAGCUAGCAAGUGAAUGGAGUAAAUUACCCACAGAAGAAAAACAACAAUACUUGAAUGCAGCUGAUCAGGAUAAGGAAAGGUACAUAAAGGAAUGGACUGAAUACAAAAAGACAGAUGCCUAUAUUGAAUUUAAAAAACAACAAAUGGAGCAGAAAAAUUCAAACAGUGCUGCUAAGAAGAGUAAACAUGAUAAUAAUAUUAGUAAAGACGUAUCAACAUCACAAGUGACAGAACCACCAACUCUAGUUAGUACAAAUCAGACUGCUGUUACGUUGUCGAGACAACCUACACCUCAACCAAAACCUUGUGUAACACCAGCGGCAGGCGAAGAUCCGGCUGAUACAGAUAUUCCUAUAUUCACAGACCAGUUUUUGCAACACAAUAAGUUAAGGGAGUCUGAACUUCGACAACUCAGGAAAGCGAAUUCCGAUUAUGAACAACAGAACGCGAUACUGCAACGACACGCGGAGGAGGUCGGUGCAGCGACCUGUCGGCUGCGUGCGGAGACCGCCGCGGCUGCAGAGAGAACAGCUGCCCUGGUCGCUCACCGCCGCGCCCUGGUCGCUCAUCUGGUGCAAGCCUUACACUCUGUCGUAGUCCCGCUCGAUGAUGGUGCUUGUGGGGCUACGGAAAGUAAUAUUGAAGAGUAUAUGGAGAAACUGAGUGUUUUGGCGACGGAAACAAAAAAUAAUCCUUUGGUGAAACAAGCGCGAGAUAUUCUGAACAAAGUUGAUUUAUCUGUCAUUUAAAAGAUCAAUAGCCAAUGUUGCAGUUCGAUUAAUUAUUGUAUUUAAGAAUAGUGAAGUCAAAAGUGAAUAAUAAUAAGUUUUUGUUAUCAGAAUAAUAUAAGUACUUUUAAUACU